AUGGCCGAUCCCAUUCUGUUGUCCUUGUUUGCGAACCGCUUUAUGGCGGUCGCAGAGUCGAUGGGGCGCGCGUUGCAGCAGACGGCGAUAUCGACCAACAUCAAGGAGCGACUUGAUUUUUCGUGCGCGCUUUUUGCGCCGGACGGAUCGCUGGUCGCAAAUGCGCCGCACUUGCCUGUCCACCUCGGCAGCAUGAGCUUUGCGGUGCAGUACCAGAUUGAGCACAUGCAUGCGUUCGGAAAUGGUAAAUUUCAGCCCGGCGAUGUGUUGCUGGCGAAUCAUCCUGUUGCUGGCGGCAGUCACUUGCCUGAUAUUACGUGCAUUACCCCCGUCUUCGCGCCGGACAGCGACGAGAUUAUCUUUUUUACUGCCAGCCGUGGACAUCAUGCGGAUAUUGGUGGUAUACUCCCGGGAUCCAUGCCGCCAACCAGCAAGACGCUUUUUGACGAGGGCGCGCAGAUCCGGUCGUUUAAAAUUGUGGACCAAGGCACGUACAACCAAGCAGCGCUCCGGCGCUUGCUGGUCGACGAGCCGGCGAGAUACCCCGGCAGCUCUGGCUGCCGAUGCUUCCGCGAUGUAGAGAGCGAUUUACACGCACAAAUUGCGGCGAAUCACAAGGGGAUUCUGCUGAUCAACGACCUGAUCGAGGAGUGGGGCCUCGCGACCGUACAGGCGUACAUGCACCAUAUUCGCCAGAACGCCGAGCUGUCGGUGCGCAAUCUGCUGCGGCGCGUUGCCAAAGACCAGCAGCGUACGCAGCUCCACGCCAUCGAUUACAUGGACGAUGGUACGCCGAUCGAGCUGCGCGUCGACAUCGACGCUUCCAGCGGCUCGGCCGUGUUUGAUUUUCAAGGCACCGGGCCGGAGGUGUGUGCGAAUGUGAACUGUCCUCGGUCUGUCGUGUACAGCGCGAUUAUCUACUCGCUUCGGUGCAUGGUAUCUGAUGAUAUCCCGCUGAACCAGGGAUGCCUUGCGCCGAUCAAGGUGAGCAUUCCCAAGGGCUCACUACUGGACCCUUCCGAGACGGCCGCUGUCGUCGGCGGAAAUGUGCUCACUAGUCAGCGCAUCACCGACGUCGUGCUCAAGGCAUUCGAGGUUGCUGCCGCGAGCCAAGGCGACUGCAAUAAUCUCACGUUUGGCACGGGCGGCCGCGAUGCUGAGGGUAAUCAUAUCGAAGGGUUUGGGUACUACGAAACGAUCGCUGGUGGCUCCGGCGCGGGGCCCUCUUGGCACGGUACCAGCGGUGUCCACACCCACAUGACCAACACACGCAUCACCGAUCCCGAGAUUUUUGAGCGCCGAUACCCCGUCUACCUGCGCGAGUUCUGUAUCCGGGAUGGCUCAGGAGGCCAUGGUAGGUUUCGUGGCGGCGACGGCGUCGUGCGCGAUAUCGAGUUUUUGGAGCCAGACAUUCAAGUAAGCAUCCUUUCUGAACGCCGCGUUUUCCAGCCAUACGGCCUGAAAGGCGGCGCGAAUGCAAAGCGUGGGGCUAAUCUCUGGGUCAAGCAGCGGCGUGAGGAGGACGGGGAUAUGGCGCUACCCAAUGAACAUGGCCUUGUGCCGCCGCGCGUGAUCAAUUUAGGUGGAAAAAACACGGCCAAGUUUGGUGCUGGCGAUCGUAUCAUAAUUCAGACGCCAGGCGGCGGCGGAUACGGCUCGCCCGACCACGCGCCUGCUGCUGCGCCAGCACGGGCAUUGUGCACGAAUGCGCGCGGCAGUCUUGCAGACUGGGAAACGCUUCAACUAGGAGCAUAA